AACACAUCUGCACACUGAAAACCAGGAAGUGUGUGGAUUCCAGAGAAACGAAACCUUUUCCCUGCUACACAAGCUUCUGCUUGAGGAUUCUCACUGAUCUAGUUUGGCUGAAGCUGUAGAGGAGCAAAUAUUUACUUUUCUUUUCUGUCAAAGCAGCAGAGCAGUUUGUAUUAGAGUUAUAAAGUAUCUGCAAAGAAAUGGCUGAAUCUGCAGCGAGUCGGUAUGAGGAUCAGUUCAUCUGUUCAGUGUGUUUGGAUCGGCUGAAGGAGCCGGUGACGAUUCCCUGUGGACACAGUUACUGUAUGAGCUGUAUUACUGACUGCUGGGAGCAGAAGGAGCAGGAGCCGCAGUACAGCUGUCCCCAAUGCAGAGAGAGCUUCAGUCAGAGACCUCUCCUGAAGAAGAACACUCUGAUAGCGGAGAUGAUGGAGACGCUGCAGAAGACGUCUCUACAAACGGCUGCUGUGGACUGUGAUGUUUGCACUACAGAGAAGAGCAGAGCUGUAAAGACCUGUCUGCAGUGCUUGGCCUCCUUCUGUCAAACUCACCUGCAGCUUCACUAUCAAUCUCCUGCGUUUAUGAAGCACAAACUAGUCCCAGCCUCCAGAAACAUUCAGGAGAACAUCUGCCACAAUCAUGGGAAACUUCUAGAGAUUUACUGUCAGGAUGAUGAUCAAUGCAUUUGUUAUUUGUGUAUGAUCGAUAACCAUGAUGGCCACAGAGUGGUGUCUGUGGAUUCAGAAUGGACUAAUAAAAAGAAAGAGUUAAUGGAGAAAAAGGCUGAAUGUCAAAAGCUAAUCGAUGAGCGUGAGAGAGGUCAGCAAGAUCUCAAUGAAGCUGUGAAGUUCCUCAAAAGUUCAGCAGAAGAGGCCGUGGAGGACAUUGAGAAGGUCUUCACUGAGCUCAUCUGCUCUCUGGAGAAGAAACGCUCUGAGAUUAAAGAGCAGAUCAGAGAUCAGGAGAAGACUGAGAUAGAUCGAGCAGAGAAACUUCACAAACAUCUUGAUCAAGAGCUGACUGAACUCAGAAAAACACAAGCAGAGAUUGAGAAACUUCUGAUUACUGAUGAUCAGAUCCAUUUUCUGAAGAGCUGUCCGUCUGUGUGUUUUUUACCCACACUGGAAGACGUUCCCAGCUUCACUCAACAAACUCAACUGUCUUUUAAAAACAUUUCAAUCUCAGCAUUCAGAGAAGUUUUGGAGGACGUCUGUCAACAACAAACAGCCAGAAUAUCCAGAGAAGUGUCAAAGGUCCAUGUUGCAGAGCCUCCAAAACCUGAAACCCCAAAUGAGUUUUUGCAGUAUUUCUGUCAACUUCACCUGGAUCCAAACACUGUGAACAAAAAUCUCAAACUGUCUGAAGGCAACAGAAAAGCAUCAGAUUCAAAUGAAGUCCAGCAAUAUCCUGAUCACCCAGAGCGAUUCGAUGUAUAUUCCCAUGUCCUGUGUAUAAAGGGUUUGUGCGGUCGCUGUUACUGGGAGGUUGAGUGCAGUGGGAACGACUGGUCUGUAGCAGUUUCCUACAGAGGAAUUAGUCGUAAAGGAAAAAUUAAUGACUGCCGACUUGGGUUUAAUAACAAGUCCUGGAGACUGACCCAAUGUUAUCAGGAUUUCUAUGUCAGACAUGAUGAUAAACAAGUCCGUCUCUCUCCUUUCCAUUCCUCUAGAAUAGGAGUGUAUCUGGAUCACAGAGCAGGAACUCUGUCCUUCUACAGCGUCUCUGACACAAUGACUCUUCUUUACACAUUCCAGACCACUUUCACUGAACCCCUCUACCCUGCGUUUGGGAUUGGAGAAGGUUUUAUCAGGAUCAUUGAGCAGAAGAGAAUUCUCCAAACCCACAAAUAAAAGACAAGCGAAAUUUCCUAAACUCACUAUACCAAGACUAUACAGAGUGGCAGUUCAUCAUUGAGACAAAAGGUGUCAACUUUAGCUUGUCAAUUUACAGAAAGGUUUUCAUUUUUGUGUGAACUGAGCUGACUGCUGUGACUUUGCUAUUAUUUCUGAAUUAAACGGUUUUUAUUUUAA